CAGAUAACCCAAUCCUGACAGCCAAAAAGAAAGGAAAAAAAAACACUUGAACAAUGAGAAAAACAAAACCACUAGAUAUCAGCAAGGCCCUGAGUCUGGCUGCCCUUUUCCAAUUCCUUUUUAGUGCUGGAAAAGCAUGUGUGAUUCCAUUUAUAACCAUUUACUUCAGACAACUGGGACUGACUGCAUCAUUUGUUGGCAUCAUCAUUGGAACAAAGCAUAUAAUCCGCAUCAUGUGGGUCCCAUUGUGUUCCUAUAUAGGAAGACGCUACAACAAGAGAAGGCUUAUUAUAAUAAUUUCACUGUUUUCAUCCAUGGGUGCAGGCCUCCUACUGACAGUUAUUCAGCCUCUAAACAGAGAUACUGUGCAGAAAUACUGUGACAUCAGCACACGUGCAGACAGUGAGCUAAACAAAAUGAAGAAACCUGAUAUAAAUAUGAGCCAAGUAAAUAUCAGCACAAAUGAACUGUAUAUUCACCUACAUUCUGAAGUGGUGUAUAGUGAUGCUGUCAUAACAGCUGCACCCAAAAUAUAUUUAACUUCUACCCGUAUAUCUGAAAAAAUCAUUUUGCCUCCCAUCAUGCAGCCUGUUGGUGAAGAGUCAUCCAAACCAGGUGCCAAAACAUCUAUUAACAAAACACAUGAGAGUGUAAUACACAGCAGGACAGUUAGUCCUUCCGUUAAAGUAAAAUUAGGAACAGGCCAGAAGCACACUUUUGGACAGAUGACUAAUGCCAGCCAAACAGAUCAACAGCCAACAGAUACGUUUCCACGUAACAGUUCUGAAAAUGAAUCUGCUGACCAGAACCAUUCUAAAAGCAAAAGUAAAACCAGCCAUUUUUCAGAAAGAGAUGUAUCAUUUGUAGAAAUAUUCAGUUCUGUUGAAAACCCAUCUAAGCUGAAAAAGAAAGCCAGUAUUACUGAUAAUAAAAUAACUGAAACUCUUGGUUUCCUGGAUCAAGAACACCAGUUGUUUUUGAUGCUUUUGAUGAUUGUUGCCUUCUGGGAAUUUCUAUCAGUACCUCCUGACUGGAUUGCAGAUGACGGAGUUUAUGACUACCUGGAUUUUAUUGACGCAGCUGAUCGGUAUGGACGCCAGUGGAUAUGGGGCCAUCUGGGAGCUGCAGGAGCUGCAUGUGGUAUUACUGUACUGGUUGACAACCUAAACUGCUUUCUGAAGACUGAUGUCUCCCGGGUUGCAACACAUUUCUAUGGCUAUGCUGUUCUGCUGACAAUGUCACUUUUAGUAAGUGUCUUUAUUCCAAUGCAUGUAGCUAAAAAAACAGAAGCAUUCAGCAAAACUUUUAAAGCAUUCAGUCUGAUUAUUGGAAAUGGAAGGACAGUUACAACUGCAGUAACAGCUGUCUUGAUUGGGGCCACAGGAUCUACAGUUCACAAUUUUCUCUUCUGGCAAAUGCAAAACACAGGAAGCAGUGAAAUCUAUAUGGGCGCUUCCAUAUCCAUUGCUCUGCUUGCUGAGGUUCUUCUAUAUUUCUGCAAGAACAAAGUGCUAAAAUCUGUUUCUUACACUGGUAUCAUUGGUGUGAGCUUGCUUUGCUCUGCAGCACAACUUUUGUAUUAUUCAUUUCUUUGGGCCCCCUGGUCUGUAUUACCAAUUCAGGUGUUCAGUGCCUUCAGUAAUGGUGCCUUUUGGUGGGCAGUCUAUGCCCAGUCGAAUGAUGUUGCCAGUCCUGGAAUGGAAAGGCCCAUACACAGGGCACUACAUGAAUUGCUGUAUGGUGUGGGUGCAAGCAUUGGCAGUUUUGCAGGUGGGUUCUUGAUUGACAGAUUUGGUCUUACAGUGCUUUAUAGAGCAUGUUGUAUAACGAUGUCUCUUUGGGCAGUUGUACUCAUGAUUUUGCAGUCUAAAAUGCCUCGACAGAAGAGACUGAACUACUCCCGUCUGCUAGCUGCUGAUGACAGUGAAGUUACUAACUCUGAUGAAGAGCAGGAAAGAGACUGGCUUGUUAAAGCUAUGAAAGAUGAAAAGAUUAAAAGCAAAUGGUAAUUUGAACUGGUAAGCUGCUGUCCUGACCUUCACCUUUUCUACUGCUACUCAGGAACUAAUUGUUUACCUCUUAAUUUCCUAAUUCUGGGAACAUCUGCACUACACAACGCUAACUUUACUGAACUACCAUUAGUGUAUGCACAUCCUAGUAAAGCAGUGCAUAAAUCAGAAAAUGACUGCACUUAUCCUUCUAAUACUGAGGAGAGGUUUUGUGGUUUUUGAGGAAUGCCUCAUCAAGCUGGGGUAGGAAACACUUAAAGUUCCUGGACAAGUCCUUAAUUCAUCUUGCCAUUUUUCUCAUUUUGGUCAUUUAGGAGUCUCCAUUGUGAGGUCCUUCUUAGUAGCUAGGGGAAAGCAUCUCCGCCUUUAAGACAGAAAUGAAGUUUGCUAAUGCACUGAAGGAGAAAUACUUCUGUUAUAGGCUGUUUUCAUCUUUGAUGCUGGGAAUUCUAUGUUUACAUUUGACUAAUUUAUACCUGGAACUAUGCACAUUUAGACUUUUCUUUAGUAAGCAGGUAGAUCUACUAAACAAGUGUGCCUUGCUUUUGGUAUGACAUGGGGUCAUUGACAAAGGUCCUGCUAGUCAACAGCACACAGGUGGAAGUUGAGUUUAUCGCCUGCUGUUCUUCAAAUGCUAGUCAGAUUAGCAGCUUCUUAUUCUUACCUCUAAGCUGGCCUCAUUGCCUAGAGUUUGAUUGUCAAAGAGUAAAUGCAGAGAAUUAAAUAAGAUUUUGUAACAGCUCAAAGAAAAUAAUUGAACUAAUGUGUGUAUUUCUGAAAACUGGAUUACAUGUAUGUGCAUAUUUCAUAAAAAGGUCCAUUUCUAAAAUAA